AUGGCACAGUAUACCAAAGAACUUGCCCCAGGCUCACUCAAAGACAAAGUCAUUGUCCUGACAGGCGGCGCAAACGGCAUCGGAGCAAGCCUGGUAGAGUAUGCCACCCAGAACGGCGCAUACGUAUGCUUCGGCGAUCUCGCAGUCGAGGCCGGCGACACAAUCGCAAAUACAGUAAACAACAACUCCUCCCCACCCCGGACCAUCUUCGUCAAGACCGACGUGGCAAAUUACGACUCCGUGCUAGGUCUCUUCGACAAAGCGAUAGAGGUAUACGGCCGCAUCGACCACGCCGUCGCAGGCGCAGGUAUCUCGGAGAUCGGGAACGUAUUCGACCCUGCCUUGGAUAUGCAAUCUAUCCGGAAACCACCUACUACAAAAGUCCUCGACGUAAACCUAAGCGGGUGUCUGUACGUCGCACGCAUCGCGAGUGUCUAUCUCCGCCAGAACCGGCCUGCUGAUACAGACCGCUCUAUCAUUCUCGUUUCCUCUGUAGCGGGCUUCAAAGAGUCACCGGGACUCUUCGUCUAUCAAGCCUCGAAACACGGCGUUAUAGGUCUCAUGCGCUCUCUGCGUCUAUACCUCUCUGCACCAGGACACGGGAUCCGAACAAACUGUAUCUGUCCCUGGAUGACGACAACGGCAAUGGUAAAGGGGAUCCAGGAUGGAUGGUUUAAAGCGGGUCUUCCCGUGAACAGGCCUCUAGAUGUCGCGAAGGUCAUGGCAAGGGUACUGGGCGACAAGGAGUUAAAUGGGAAAUCGAUGUUCGUUGAAGGAGGGAGGGCCUGGGAGAUUGAGGCGAACAUUGACCGGCUGCAGCCGCAGUGGCUAGGCGAGGAGAAUAGUCGGACUUUGCGCAGGGGGCAGCAGGUUUUGGGGUCUGGGGAGGGGUGGGGGAAGUUAUUUACUGUGUAA